AUGUUCAAGGAUGGAGCGGGUGGUAAGAUAAUAGUCGAGUUUGUUGGGCUUCGGGCAAAGCUUUACAGUUACAGGAUGUAUGACCCGGAAGGUGAAGGGAAAGAAGAAAAGAAAUGUAAAAGGAUCCAAAAGGCUGUAAUAAAGAAAAGUAUUACACAUGAAGAUUAUAAGAGAUGUUUGUUUAGUAGCACCAAUCAGCUUAGGCAAAUGAGAAUCUUUGGAAGCAGAAAACAUGAGGUUUAUACAGAGGAGAUAAAUAAGAUCGCCCACUCCUCAAAGGAUGACAGACGGAUCGUAUUGCCAAAUAAGAUCGAUACUCUGGCUUAUGGGCGUUUAGCAAAAAAUCAU